AUAUGGGUUGUUGAAGCAUAUUCUGAAGAGUUGUGGAGAGAUAUCAAGAUAAGCCGGUGUUCAUAUUUGGGUGUCAAGCUGUAAGUUUAUUUUAGGAAAAUGGAGGCAAACCCAAAUGGUUAUGUGAGUCAACUGAAGAAUGAGCUUAAAGGAGCGCGACCUGGAGAAUUUUUUGGAUUCCAUAAACCUAGCAGCAUAUAUAAAGUACCACAUCGAAUUCGUCAAACUGAUCCAGAAGCUUAUACACCUCGAGUUAUUUCUAUUGGUCCUUUUCACAAGCCAAAUGGUUCAAGUGGUGACAACGUUGUGCACCAAAUGGAAAAACUCAAACUCAUCUAUCUCAGAGAAUUUCUAGAUAGAACUAAGCUCUCUCUGGAUAAUUUUGUUUUCCAAUCUCAAGAUAAUGAGUCGUGGGAAAACAGAAUCAGAAGUCGCUAUGCAGGUUCUAUUAGCCUUAACAGCGAUGAUUUCUUAAAAAUCAUUAUAAUUGAUGCAUGCUUCAUAAUUGAACAUUUUCUUAGGGUUUAUGAUUGCGAAAAAUGGAUUGAAUAUGGUGACUCUAUAUUACAACAUUCUUGGUUACUUAGUGACAUUAAACGUGAUUUAGCACUCCUUGAAAAUCAGCUACCGUUUUUUGUUCUAGAAGAUAUAUACAAAUUAACUCGUCUACCUCAUUCAGUGCUUACUAUUUCUACUCACUAUUUUCUACCAAUAGACCCCAAAGUCCGUGACUUAACUUUUUCAAGAAUGACGAUUCCUCCAUAUAACUUUGUAGCUCUGGUAAGAACCAUUUUGAUUCCUAUGUCGAUAAUGGAUGUUGUAACAGAAGAAAUGGGAGAUGUAUCUGAACAUGUAUACAGUGCGAGUCAAUUAUCAGAAGCAGGAUUAGUAUUUGAAGUAAGUGAAAGUAAACUUUUACUUGACAUGAGUUAUGAUGAUAAGGGUGUGUUGAAAAUGCCAUGUUUACAUGUCGAUCAUACAACAGAGUCGUACAUGAGGAAUAUAAUAGCAUAUGAAGAAUGUGAUAUUUCAAGUCUAAAACAUCGUUUCGUUUCUCAGUACUUUAUUAUCUUGGAUCAACUUAUUAAUACAGAAAAAGAUGUGAGCAUCUUGGUGGAUAAGAAAAUUAUUGUGAAUCGGCUGGGUGAUGCUAAUGAAGUGGCUACAAUGGUUAACAAUCUACGCAAAAAUGUUACAUUGCCUCGAUUCUGUGAACGAUUUAAGUUUAUAUGUAAAAGGUUAAAUGAUUUCUAUGAAAACCCUAUGAAUAAGUAUAAGGCUAUAUUUGUGCAUGAGUACUUCAACACUCCAUGGAAAAUAGCAUCAACUGUAGCUGCUGUAUUCCUGCUUUUGCUUACUCUUAUCCAGACUAUAUGUUCAAUCCUCUCACUCUAAUGGUACAACUAAUAUUGUGUAAUUUUUUUUUAAUGUAAU